UCUAUUUUAUCCCUUUCCUUUGGAUCAAAAGCACACAACCAACUCAAUAACAAUGCCUGCAACAUGUUUCCCUUUGUACACCUCUGCAACUUCCAUCAUUAACACCACCUUAACCCCGAAGCCGUCUUCUCUCGGCACCAAGAAAUUGCCUUCAUGUCGUCGUCGUCAUCAUCGUCAUCGGUCUUUGGUGUGCAAAGCUUCGGCUAAUUCGACGACUUCUUCGAUAUUCGAUUUCGAUCUCUAUGAUCUUCUGGGAAUCGAUAGCUCCUCCAAUCAAUCCCAGAUCAAAACGGCUUACCGUUCGUUGCAGAAGCGUUGCCACCCUGAUAUCGCCGGACCAACGGGGCAUGAUAUGGCUAUCGUUCUUAAUGAAGCUUAUUCGGUUCUGUCUGAUCUCGGUUCUCGUUUGGCUUAUGAUAAGGAACAAGCAAAGAUGGCCGAGCUGAGGGGAUAUACAGGGAAGCCUUUAUACUCUGUGUGGCUCGGAUCUGAAAGUGAACGACGAGCUGUGUUUGUUGACGAAAUCAAGUGUGUUGGUUGCUUGAAAUGUGCUUUGUUUGCCGAGAAAACGUUUGCUAUUGAGUCCGUGUAUGGCCGAGCUCGAGUCGUCGCUCAAUGGGCCGAUUCCGAACAUAAAAUCGUCGAAGCUAUUGAAGCUUGCCCUGUUGAUUGCAUUUCCAUUGUGGAGAGAUCGGAGCUCGCUGCGCUCGAAUUUUUAAUGUCGAAGCAACCUCGAGGCAAUGUUCGAGUCGGUGUCGGAAAUACGGUUGGUGCCCGUGUCUCGAACAUAUUUGUUGAUGUGAAGAAGUUUCAGACCAGAUACUUUGAUGCCGUGGACAAAGCUGCUACUAAUGCAUCCGACGCGGAUUGUCGUCGAGAAGCGAGGAUGUCGGCGAUUAACGCGAUCAAAUCGAUUUCGAGAUGGUGGUAUUGGCAAUCACCCAAUGCAGGAGCACCAGCAACCGGAUCUGAACUAAACUUGAUACGCAUUUCCCAAAAGUCAUCUGAACCGAACAUCAACAAACUCCGUGAUGCUGCUGCUGCUAGAAAACAAGCAAGAGAGAGUCCGAGAACGACUAGAACCCGAGUCCCGUCGAGUUAUUUGUACGACGAUGAGUAUUGGCUCCCAUCAAGACAAGCUCUUCCUGCUUCAAUUGAAAACAACAGCACCUCCAGAGUUGCAUCGAAGCCUUCGAAAACAACCGAGAGCAGCAAAGUGGACAACUGGAGAUACGAAAAGGAUAGGAGGACGAGAAGCUCGAUGGAAUGGGGAAUCCCAAUGGUGGCUGCAACGGUUGCUGCUGUUAUAGUUCGACUGCAAGUCGGAGACAGAGUGGCCGGAGAAAUAACCGAGCACGUAGGCGGCUCAUUGGCACUAACAAUGGUUAAUAGCUCAUGGUCACAGGUUAUUCUAGCAGGGAUCACAUGGUAUUUGAUUGCAUCAACGAUGGUGGGGCUAAUGAAAACAAUAAGAAACGGAUAAGAGAUUCAUAUGGGAAAGUUUGAAAGAUUUUCAUAGAUUGUUAUACAAUGUCUAAAGUAUUUGUUAUUCC